AUGAACUCCUCAGACGAGCAGCAGCGCACAUUGUGCGAUCAGGACCAGGCUGUUUUACUCCUCACUAAGGACAAUGUCACCUCUUAUAUGUACAGCCAGGAGGAUACAGUGGUGAUUUGUAUCAUCAUGCCAGUUAUUCUGACCAUAGGAUUGCUUGGAAAUGGUGCUUUUCUGAUAGUCAUCGCACGUGUACCUUGGAUGCGGAAAGUUACUAGUAAUCUCUACCUAGCUUGCUUGGCGGUUGUUGAUAUAACACUCAUCGCUGUGGCAAUUGGGGUUCGCCUAACCCGAUUCCUUGCCUCUCCCAUCUUGACCGAUGACACCGUCCUCGGAGUACCUGGGUGUGUUACUCUGUACUUCAUCUCCGACUUGUGCUUCUUCUUGUCUCAAUUCCUGAUCACGCUUAUUUCAUUUGAGAGAUACAACGCCGUGUGUCGGCCGUUUACUUUCAGGAGUAAAUCGGGGGGUGGGAGGAGGACGCGGGUGCCUGCAAGGCGGGUCGCGGGGUGUUUCCUCGCCGGGGCUGCAGCCGCGAGUCUCAUCAUCCCGGAUAGAAUGAUCUGGAAGGAAACGUGUAUCUCAUGGUAUCCACCAGGAUCAGGAGACGACUUUGACGACCUACCUACCUCCAUAGGCCAGUGCUCUUCCGUGGUAACAUGGUACUUCAAUUUCUCCAACUGUAUCCAGACUGUUCCGUUCUUUUUGACGAUGAUCAUGAACUUGACGCUGUACGUCCUAACUGCACGGAAGCUCUACAUUGAGGCCAAACGAAGGGGGCCUUUUAGUGCCAAUACAGAGGAGCAAAAUCGAAUACGGGAUCAGAUCACCAGAAUGCUGAUCUUCAAUGGUACGGCUUUCUUCAUCUUUCUAGCGCCGUUCGAGUCCAUCGCUCUAGCCCUGACCAUCAGGGAUUUGAGCGGGGCACCACCGGCUCUGACCGCCAAUCAGUUCUCCCUGGCUCUUAACAUAUGCCGUUGUUUAGUCUAUGUUAACUCGGCUGUCAAUCCAUUUAUUUAUACACUGACAAGUCCAGCUUAUAGAAGAGCUUUCUUAGAGGCAGCGGGAAUUGUAAAGAAGCAGGAGUUUGCAUCUCAUUCCCAUCAAGAUCGCGAUGGUUUGAAUCUUUCAGAUCAAGCCAGAUCGUUAGACCAAGACCUUAACGUACACUAG